UUUCAGGCAGACUUUCUCGGGCUGCGUAAAAAUCCUUCUUUUUUUGCUACAGCAGACAUAACCCCACCCAAUUAACUGUCAGAACCUGCUGUUUAGGUCUCAGCAGGAUCUACAGACACGGAGGGAUGGUGGGGCUGCCUGGGAGUCUCGGGUUCAGGGCAAACGGAAAUCCACGCUCAGCGCACUGACCAGUAGGGUCACAGAGCGAACGGGCCACUGUAGUGUAAAACACUUCGGUGUUGAUAGUCACUUAAAGCUGGUGUCUAAGUGAGAAAGAUCAGAUCAGAGAACCCGACAUUGGGAGGAAUCAUGUUUGAAAACUUCAGAGAAAGACUUCACAUGGUCCAGCAGGAUUUCACAACCGGCUUAAAGACCCUUGGAGACAAAUCAAGAGACACCAAAAUCAGGAGGAGACCCAGGUUUGAAGUAAGCCUUCCCAAUUUCAGUGCUGGACUGGAAAUCCUUAGCAGAUAUGAAGACAAUUGGUUUCUGCUCCAUAAAAGAACUAAAGACUGUGCUCAGGCUGCAGAGGCCAUAGAUGGGGACAUAGUGAUGCUCUCAGCACACUGGGAGAGAAGAAGAACAGCUCUGACACAAUUACAGGAACAACUUCAAAGCUUGCCAGCCUUUAUCAGUGAGCUCGAUGCCAUCACUGCUAACAUAGCACAUUUGGAGGGUGACUUUGAGGAGAUGGAAAGCAGACUGUUAUACCUGGAGACUCUGUGUUGUCAAUGUGAACAACAGACGUUCAAACAACAUCAUAUCAACCAACUAGAAGUUUACAAGAAAAAGAAGAGGAGGGAGUUGGAGGCACUGGAAGUGGAACUGAAUUCGGAACAUGCUCAGAAGGUGGAAGAGCUGGAGCAGGCCAUGCGGAAAAAACUGAGAGAACGACAGAAAGUCUAUGAAGAAGCCUUUAACCAAGACAUGGAGCAAUACCUGUCGACUGGAUACCUACAGCAUAGAGAGCCAACAGGAGCUGAUGUGUGUGUUCUGGAUCAGAUGACACUAACUAACAUGUCUGACCAGGAGGCUUUGGAUGAAUUCCUUAACUCCACUGGUGAUGACAUCAGUACUGGGUCAUCACUGACCUCAGGUCCAGACCUUGAUUCCUGCUCUUCUGAAUCUAUGAGAAGCCAAGUGAACCAAGGCCCUCCCACAAACAACCAAACAUCAAACCAGAACGCAGUAGGGGAGCAGGAAGAGGAAGUGGCCAGUGAGGAGAGCGAUGAACCUCUGGUGCAGUCAGAUGAGGAGGAUGUUCAACUGGAUAUGUCAUUGGUUGGCCUGCAGGAUGUUGGUACAGUGAGGGGAUCUGAUGAGAGUGACUCUGCAGGGGACCUGCCCUCUGGAAUCCAGCUUUCCAUGCCAGACUAGCCAGAAAAACCAAAGAAGAAGACCUGCAUUGAGUAUUUUGUGGUAUUAAUUACAGUUUACCACUGUAACUUUGUACUAAAGAAACAGAAUUUACUACUGUUGAAGUUUCUGAACAAAAAGGUGAUCCCUCUGUUUAACUCCCAAAAACUAAUAAACAUCACCUUAUCAAA